GAUGCAAACUGUAACGCCAGACUGUGUAAUGGUUUUGUUUAUAAUUUGUGACGAACAAUGGGUGAGCCGCAGCGUUUCUUGCAGCAUGAAGUGGAUUUGUAUUUGCAUUUUCGGUAACUCCUUCUCAUCGGAUAUGUGUGUUGAUAUUAUUGCUAGCAUUAUGGAUUAGUGUUUCUUUUUUUUCAUUCCGAUACAUCUGCUGGAGUUUUAUUUCCAACGUUUGUUUGAUCCUGCCGGGCCGUUCUAUGUGGAUACUUACAAAAGUCAUGGGGGACUCCGUAUUCUUCGAUAGGCAAAUUUCUUACCUUGGUGACUUCACCUGGAACAGCAUGUCUGGACGAAGCGUGCAGCUAAAGCCAGUGCCCAUCCAGAGCCUGUCAGAGCUGGAGCGGGUGCGGCUGCAGGAAGUGGCCUUUUAUCGCCUGCACCAGGACUACGACCUGGGCUGCCAGAUCACUAUCCCCAAAGAUGGACAGAAUCUCAAGAAAUCCCUGAGGAGGAAGUUGGACUCAUUAGCUAAAGAAAAGAGCAAAGACAAAGAAUUUGUGCCCCAGGCCUUUGGGUUGCCCCUGUCCCAGGUGAUUACCAACGACCGCACACACAAGCAGCGACAGGAACCGCAGAGGGGAGAGCACAGGGACCCCAGCGACCUGGUGUCCUCCAUCCUGCAGUUUGCCAUCAAGAGGCCCAGCAAGGAACUCUCCAGCAGUAACUCGUCUCUCAGCUCCACCCCGGAGACACCCAAUGAGAACACCUCACCCAACACUCCUGAGAUGGCCCCCCGGGCACGGAGACGGGGCGCGAUGUCCGUGGAUUCCAUCACUGACCUGGACGACAACCAAUCUCGCCUCCUGGAAGCUCUUCAACUGUCACUGCCAGCGGAAAGGCCCAGCAAGAAGGAGAAGCGCCAGGACAAAAAGCUGAGCCUCAACCCCAUCUACAGACAGGUGCCCCGACUCGUGGACAGCUGCUGCCAGCACCUGGAGAAACAUGGCAUGCAGACUGUUGGGAUUUUUCGCGUAGGGAGUUCCAAGAAAAGGGUGAGGCAGCUGCGGGAGGAGUUUGACCGUGGCAUGGAUGUCCUGCUGGAUGAGGAGCACAGUGUCCAUGAUGUGGCGGCCUUGCUGAAGGAGUUCCUGAGAGAUAUGCCUGACCCCCUAUUGACCAAAGAGCUGUAUACAGCCUUCAUCAACACUAUGUUGUUAGACCGGGAGGAGCAGCAAAGUGCCUUGCAGCUCUUGAUCUACCUGCUACCUCCCUGCAACAGCGAUACCCUCCACCGCCUCUUGGAGUUCCUGUCCAGGGUGGCCGCCCAUGCCAGCGAUGGACAGGACAAAGAUGGGCAGGAGAUCACUGGGAAUAAGAUGACAUCACUGAACAUAGCCACCAUCUUUGGACCGAACCUCCUGCACAAGCAGAAGAGCUCCGAUAAGGAGUUCUCGGUGCAGAGCUCAGCACGAGCGGAGGAGAGCGCGGCCGUCAUCGCCGUGGUGCAAAGGAUGAUCUCCACCUACGAAGCCCUCUUCACGGUACUUCCUGAGCUGCAGAACGAGGUGCUGAUGAGUCUCCUGGAGACGGAUCCAGAUGUGGUGGACUACCUGCUUAGGAGGAAGGCCUCACAGUGGUCUAGCCCCGAUCUGCUCAGUUCAGACGCUCCUUUCUCCCUAAGCCAGAGGAGGUGCUCUAGCGACUCAAAUAAGGCUUCCAGUGGCGAGGUCUCUCCAUAUGACAACAACUCUCCAGUGCUGUCAGACCAUUUGCCUCCCCAGCACCAGGGUGACAGCAGUCCGGGGACGGACAGGCUGUUUCACACCCCAGAGCAUUACACGUUGCCAGGACACAUGGGGAGCAGGGCCAAGGAGCCAUGCUCUGCACCAUGGAGUGUCAAGGAUGAACACACAAAUAUCUGGGGGGCCAGGCAUGCAACCUUGAGGUCAGGACAGAAGGAUAAACCAGACAAAGGCUCUCGAAGGUGUGUUUCCAAGUGCAUUUCCUGGAACCCGUCAGAGGUGCCUUGUGGCCAUCCAGGCAACAGGAAGACACCUGUGCAAUGGACACAGACUUCUUCAGGUGUGGCAGAGUGCAGGCCACACUCCCUGGACACUUGUGCAACCAGCAUUCUCCAGGGAGGGGGAGGGAGCAAACAGCUACAGCUUAGCCCAGAUACACUGUCCUUCCCGCCAGAGGGCCUAUCAAAGACAAUGAGCUCUAAGGAACUCCCAAGGAGUGGUGGCUUCCUCAUCAAUCUGCCCCAUGUAACUGACCCGACCUCUAAGAUUGAUAGCGCACCUCUUUCUCCAUGCCAUAGUAGCUCCAGAAGGACUCUGACCACCAACCUUCCAACGGCCACACACCAGGCUGUGUCCCCCGCCCCACAGACUCAGCAGUCCUCCUUGAGGAACGGGAGCCCAGGCCCUAUGAAUGAGUCUCUCCAGACCGCUGCCAGCUCCACAGGGAGUAAGGGCCUGGCAAACCCUGAGUGGCAGGACUGGCAGAGGGAGAGGUGGCAAAUCUGGCAGCUCUUAUCUUUAGACAACACAGACACACUCCCAGAAACACUGGUGUGAAACGAAUCCACGCCAAUCACAGCGCUCCUUCAAUGCCACCCGCCACCCGCUACCCACCCCAGGCAGUGGUGUGGGCCAGUU